AUGAACAAGUACGAUCAGAUUAGUUUCUACCCACCACGCAUAGCAACUGGUCUGCUAACGCUCUUAGUAAUGCGCGUAAUCUACAUCAUUAAAGCUCUACAAAUCAUCGUGGCUGUCGUGGUGCUAUUCCGUCUCAUAAAUAUCGGGAAAUUCUGUGAAAAUCGUCGAGUCCAUUCUCGCGGCGAAUGUUUGGGCACUAUGAAGCUUGCAAUACCACCUUUGAAUACGGAUCUGAGUUUACGUGAUGCUGAAAGAAGUCUAAAGACCGGAGCUGAACCGGAUCGACACCGAAGAAUGAGUGUGGUGAGUGAUUGUAUGAUAGUGAUAACGGAUGAGAUAUGCGAAGGUUUUAUACAAGUAGCUGUCUAAAG